AAGGUGGAGGAUUGCAGGUGUUCAGAGGAAAGUUCACUGUGACAACUUUAGGACAGAGAGCUGUAAUUAAAAAGUCCUGUAUCAAUCUUGUGACUUCCAUCUGAGCAAAGGAAUUUAUUUCAUUUUCUAGAUACCUACCCAAGUUCCAUAAGCUGCAAGUGUUAGAGCGUAUGCUUAGAUACUGUCUGGAAUGGGGCGAAAUGUGCAGCAGACGGGCCUUCAACUGUGCAUUACUGCUGUGCUGCUCCUUGGUGAAGGACGAGGGAGAGAUUUCCCUGGCAGUCUGAGCUGCCUGAAUAACUACGUGACUACUGUGAGCUGCACGUGGGCACCAGAGGAGCCUGUGGGUGAUGGACCUUUCCAUCUGCAUUUCACAAACCUCUGGUCAAAGGGCCAAAAUGCCAGCUGCCAGCUGACUGCCAGAGACAGCAUGCGGGAUCAGUACCACUGCACGAUGCACUUAGCAAGACAGAUCUUGGAAACAGAUGGUUACAGAGUCUCUCUCCAAGGCAACUUCUAUGGAAGCAAUCACACAUACAUUACCUUUCAGGAGUACAGUCCCCGCCAGCACAUAAAACUUGAUCCACCUUUGAACAUCCAGAGCAACGUUACUGCCAACAAGUGUCAGAUAUGGUGGACUGUGCCUUCCUACCUUGAUGAAAUUCUCCAGUACCAGUUGCAGUACAAGGAGUACAGCACGUCAUGGGAGACUGCACAGAACAAGACACCACCCAGUUCACUACCACAAAUAGAAAUUGAAGGCACAGAAUUUCGCAGUGGCAUCUCUUACAUUGCACGAGUUCGCUGCAAAAUUUCUGAAAUUGAGGAUUCAUACCACAGUCAGUGGAGCGACUGGAGCCAGACAACAGUAUUUCAAAGAGAAGGUUCAUCCGAACUGUCUGAAAACCACUUUGAUACCAGAACAUUCGAGUUCUUGAUCAUUCCUCUGAGUUUUGGCACGCUACUCUAUUUAUUUUGGAACUGCAAGCUUUCCUCAAGGGCAAAAGUCCUCUCCUGCCUUAAUAUUCCCACACCAGCUGCUUUCUUUCAGCCACUCUAUAAUUUGCACAAUGGUAAUUUUAAGGACUGGGUUGGACCCAAUGAGGCUUGUAGCCAACUCAAAAGAGAAGAGGCAAGCAACUCAAACAAAGUGGCUGCAGAUGAAGUUUCUGAGCUAAACAUCCAAGAACUGAUUUCCCAGAUUUCCUUGAAACCUAUGGAAAGCACAAAUUUGGCUGCUGAAGAAGAGAUAAUUGCCUUUGCCUCUGGUCCAAGCCAGCAGCUUGUCCCCAGCAGAUGUGUAAGAGGAGAAGAGAUAGAAGUCAGGCCAGCAGUGCUGGUAAACCAAAACCAUGCUAAUGAUACAAUUGGCCUGAAAAUCUCUGAAAAAAUUAAAGCCAACCUUGAGAGCUCUAGCAUGGGAAGGAGUUAUCCCUCCCACUUACAGCCUGGAAAGAGCGACUGCCUUAUGCUUCAGGAAUCUUUGGAGAUGGCAAGUGUGUCAUUCAGCAGUAGUGACUAUUGCACCUUGUGUGAUAGUGAUACCACUGAAGGUUUGAUUCCUGCUGAACUAUUGAAGCUCUCUGAUGGAAAUGGUCUGGUCAAAUGUGAGAAUGAUCAGAAUGACCUUCCCUGAGGAAGAUAUCUGUGUUGCCCUCUCAUUUCCCAGUAGUGUCUUCUCAAAUGGCUUAAAUGGUGACUGUGCAGACAAUUACAAUCACGUAAUUAGAUCCCUUUUUAGACCAAGGUCUCGGUCUGGCUUGAAUCAGUAUUUCCAAAUUUCAGAUCUUCAGAAUGAGAAGAAUGCUUCCUAAUAUUGUCAAAUCAGAUGCAUUUUAAAUCUCUCAUAUCUACACAGCCCUUGCAUAUGAACGUGUCUGCACAGAAAUUGAACCAGUUUCAUGAAGUCUUGUUUGCUUUAAGAAGGUAUUCUGAACUGUUAUUACUAGCAAAAGUGUAAUGUGAAGAAUUAUAUUCAGAUACAAACAUAAGGAGCAGUAGGUCAGGCUAUGGGGAGAAUCUAAAACUUAAGAUAGUGAAGCAAAAGCAAAUAGAGAGAUUGAAUGUGGU